UACAAGUUUCUGCUGUGCACCUUCAAACAGGAAAUCUGAGAUUGGGAACAACUUACAUUUUGGCUUGUAUUCGCUGAUCAUGGGGUGAUCCAGAAAUAAACUCCAGGCUUCAAAGCGAGCGUGUUUCAAAGCUGUCCUGCACUUGAUCGAAACAUCCAGGCAAAGCAGGGAGACAAAUACCAGCGAGGAUUUUCUGAAUUAGGACUUAACCAAGGAUAUAAACCAAUUCAGCACUAUUAUUACCCUUUUAUUUCAGAACAAAAAGGAAAGCAAAGAGUUAUAAAAAUGGCUACGACGGCAGCAAAUACUCAAAGACAAACGAUAGGCUGCGAGGAGUACAGUCUGUACAGCAGCCUGAGUGAAGAUGAGCUUAUAAAGAUGGCCAUCCAGCAGAGCUUGGAAGAGGACUCAGCAGGUCAGCCAGCAGCCCAGAGCCCCCAGAAGUCGCUGGUGGCCCGUGCUGGGGAGGUGGCUUCCCCGAGCCGUGCCAGCCCCCACAACCCUCCCUACCGCAUCUACCCCUGGCAAAGAUUGGCAGCCCAGCAGACAGGCCAUGCUCAGCCAUCCAGCUCGGGGGCAGCCUGGGGGGUCAGGCGAAGGCACGACAGCACAUCCCAGCCCGUAGAAAUUGACCCUGUAGUGGCAGCAAUCAAGGAUGGAGAUGAAAAAGCAGUAAGCAACAUGAUGAAAUCAGGAAAAAACCUUUCUGUACCUAAUAAGGAUGGCUGGAUACCCCUACACGAAGCUGCAUACUAUGGCCAAGUGGGCUGCCUGAGCCUGUUGCAAAAAGCGUACCCAGGCACCAUCGACCAGCGCACUCUCAAUGAGGAGACAGCUCUCUACCUGGCCACCAGCCGGGGCAACCUGGACUGCCUGCUCACCCUGCUGCAGGCUGGGGCUGAGCCUGACAUCUCCAACAAGGCCAGAGAAACGCCCCUCUACAAAGCUUGUGAGCGCAAGAAUGCAGAGGCUGCAAGACUCCUGGUGCAGUACCAUGCAGAUACCAACCAUCGCUGCAAUCGAGGAUGGACUGCUCUCCACGAGGCUGUGUCCCGAAACGACCUGGAGAUCAUCGAUAUCCUUGUGAAAGGGGGUGCCAAGAUUGAGUCAGCAAAUGCCUACGGGAUCACCUCUUUAUUUGUGGCAGCUGAGAGUGGGCAGCUGGAAGCUUUGAGAUAUCUUGCAAGAUGUGGUGCUGAUAUAAAUACACAAGCCAGUGAUAACGCCUCUGCUCUUUAUGAAGCCUGUAAAAAUGGACAUGUGCAUAUUGUGGAGUUUCUUUUGUCUCAAGGAGCAGAUGCUAACAAAGCCAAUAAGGAUGGCCUGUUACCUCUUCACAUAGCAGCCAAAAAAGGGAUUUGCGAGAUUGUCUCCAUGCUGAUCCCUGUGACCAGUCGCACCCGAGUCAAGCGCAGUGGCAUCAGCCCCCUGCACUUAGCGGCCGAACGCAACAACGACGAUAUCUUGGAAGAGCUGAUAGAUGCUGGCUACGACGUCAACACUGCCCUCUCUGAUGAACGGUCCUGCCUUUACGAGGACAGACGCACCACCCCACUCUACUUUGCUGUUUUUAACAACAACAUCUACGCCACAGAGCUGCUGCUGCAAGCCGGAGCCAACCCCAACGUUGACCUCAUUAACCCAUUACUCAUCUCCAUCCGCCACGGCUGCCUGAAGACCAUGAAACUGCUUCUUGACCAUGGGGCAAACAUUGAUGCCUAUAUAUCAAGUCAUCCCACCACAUUUCCAGCUACCAUCAUGUUUUCAAUGAAAUACCUUUCCGUGCUGAAGUAUCUCCUGGAUCUGGGCUGUGAUGCCAGGUCCUGUUUUGAGUGUCAGUAUGGAAAUGGCCCACACCCUGCAUUGAAUUACAGGCGGGAAAGACUUAAUGAUCCUCAGGUGACCAGGGAGCCAACUGUAGUACAGUUUUGUGAAAUGGUGUCUACUCCAGAGAUAAGUCGCUGGGCUGGGCCGAUCAUCGAUGUUCUUCUGGAUUAUGUGGGUAACGUGCAGCUCUGUUCCCGGCUCAAGGAGCAUAUUGACAGCUAUGAGGACUGGGCUGUCAUUAAAGAAAAAGCAGAACCUCCACGACCUCUCUCCCAUCUUUGCCGCAUCAAGGUCCGGAGCCUGGUUGGAAGAAACCGCAUUAAACUCCUUGACACGCUGCCUCUCCCAGACAGACUGAUCCGGUAUUUACAGCACGAUUACUCACAGUGAGCCCAAGCACACUGGAUAUGCAGCAGCCUCCUGGCGUGGCACCCAGUGUCAGCGCCACGGUAUAGGUGCACGCCAGGGAGGAAUUGCUGCUGGCUUGGUCAAGCACCCUCCCAUGACUAUUCUAAGAGAAAUGUGCUUUUGAAGCAUGAGAGAGAAGAAAAUGGAGGAGACAGCUAACAUAGGAGAUGCUGUUAGGUUUUUCAAGAGAAAACACAUACGAUUCACCUCAGACCUUGGUCUGCAAAGAAGAAGAAAGAAAAGCCAACACUGACAAACGAGUAGUGCUGAAGCAAGUUAUCAGUAAGGAACUCAAAAACGUCCUAAAGCUGUGGUGGAGCUUAGCAUCCCUGUGUCACAAUUCAGAACUUGUCAAGAAUCAAUGUAUUUGGGAAAACAAUCACAUUACCUUCACUGACUGAGAUUUUUAUUGUAGUUUCUAUUCUAUUGUUUGGAUUUCUGCUAAGUGUGUUGGUUGCUAAUUCUCUGAUAUUUUGACACCACCUUGCUAACACUUUUACUUUUUUUUUUAUACCUUUCGUAUUGAGUACUUGAUUUCUGAACCUUCAAAUCUCAGAGCUCUUUAAUAGACUAAAAUCCAGAAAUGCUGAAUCCUUUAAAAGUCAAGGAAAUGUUUAUUUAAGGAGGAUGGAAGAAUUAUAUUUGCACAUAGUGAAUACAGUUCAUUCUGUAUUAUAUUUGCAAUAGGAAGUAAGUGAAAUUUUGCUUGAGAAAAUUUCCUAGACUGGGGAUUUGAAAGCAACCCUGAGCUCUUUUUUUUUUUUU